UUGCAUUGCUAAACAAUCCGUGGAGUGGGCCGAGUACAAAAUACAGCGAUUUUUUUCUCUCUUUUUUAUACAAUAAGACCCUCCUCUUACUAUUGUCAAUGUUCUCACAGGGUCUUGCCUUCGGUCGACAGGGCGGCCGCAGCGGGUGACCAAAGACAAGCGUCUCGACAUUCAAGUGAACGCGCGUGCAUGCGGCGGGGGCGCGGAGGGCACUUCAUUUUGCGCAUUGGGUCCUGCGAGCCCGUAAAGCUAGUAAAACCACAGAAAUAAGCUCUUUUGCUUGCCCGAGGUGGAGUGACGUUCUUUCCAGGGAAAGCACAGGGAUCCACAUAAACAUGUUUGUUGAACUACGUGGCUUGAGUUUGUCGUCCAGCAAAAGAAUGUUGUCAGUUGUAUUAUGUAUCAUGUGCUGCAUUCACUAUGGGAAAAGUCAGACGUGCACAGAUGGGUUUACUUUUGAUCGCCGUUCCAGACAGUGUAUGGACAUUGAUGAGUGCCGGAUACUGCCAGACCCAUGUCGGGGUGACAUGCAAUGUGUAAACCAGAAUGGAGGAUACUUGUGCAUGCCCCGUGGACUCUACUCUCAGUCCUACGGCCGGAACAGUCCACGCCCCUACCCUGAGCCUUCCUAUCCUGAAGAACCCUACCCUGACAGAUCACUGGGUUAUUCUGAAACUUACAGUGCUCCAGUGGCUCCAGUGGUUCCUGGCUCUGGUCCAGGCCCUGGUCCCAGUUACCCAAUAGUGAGCCGGUCCACUCCCUGUCUCCUUGGAUAUACAUUCAGUGCUGAUGGCACUUGUGUUGAUGUGGAUGAGUGUGAGGCAGAAUCACAUCAGUGUAACCCUACGCAGGUGUGUAUAAAUACAGCCGGUGGAUAUACCUGCUCAUGUACUGAGGGCUACUGGCUGGUGGGUGGACAGUGCCAAGACAUUGAUGAGUGUCGAUAUGGUUACUGCCAGCAGCUGUGUGCUAACGUCCCUGGCUCAUAUUCCUGUUCCUGUAGCCCUGGAUUUCUUCUUAAUACGGAUGCCAGGACAUGCCAAGAUGUGGACGAGUGUGUAACAGACCCAUGCUCUCAUGGCUGCUUGAACACGUACGGCUCAUUCAUGUGCACCUGUGAUGAAGGCUUCGAACUUGCAGCUGAUGGCACCACCUGCAAUGAUCUGGACGAGUGCAGUUUCUCAGACUUCCUUUGUCAGCACACAUGUGUGAAUGCACCAGGAUCAUUCUCCUGCGUGUGUCCAUCUGGAUAUUACGUGUAUGAGGAUGGAAGAAGCUGUGAAGACCUCAAUGAAUGUGAGUCUGGUAACAACACCUGCACAACAGAACAAGUGUGUUUCAAUUUCCAGGGAGGUUACACAUGUCUGAACCCUCUUAGAUGUGAUCCACCUUACAUAGAGCUCAGUGACAAUCAGUGCAUGUGUUCUGCGGAGAAUCCCGCAUGUCGGGAUCGACCGUUUACUGUCCUGUACAGGCACAUGGAUUUGUCUUCAGGCCGCAGUGUUCCUGCAGAUAUAUUUCAGAUGCAGGCCACUACACGUUACCCUGGAGCAUUUUACAUCUUUCAGAUUAAGUCUGGCAAUGAGGGAAGAGAGUUUUACAUGCGGCAAACCAGUAAUAUCAGUGCAACUCUGGUUCUGGCCCGACCCAUCAAAGGACCAAAGACCGUCGUUCUAGACCUAGAGAUGGUUACUGUUAACAACGUCAUCAACUUUCGAGGCAGUUCAAUCAUUCGUCUCACAAUAUUUGUCUCCGAACAUCCAUUCUGAGGCUUUACCAAUGAACCUCUGACCUCUCACCUCCAUAAUGGACCUCCUGUUACUGCACUACCCAUCAGGCAGCUGCAUUUCCUCAUUGUAUUUGUUCUGUGGUUCUGGACUCCCAUGUUUUCAUCACACUCUGUCCGCUGUAUAGCAGGUGGAGUUGGUGAUUUUUGAUAUUUCAUGAUGCAGGUGUUCAAUUAGGCUGCCUGGCUGUCGCAGUCACACACACACACACACACACACACACACACACACACACACACACACACACACACAUGUACCCGUACACAGAAGAAUAUUUAUGUUGUGUUUCUUUGGUCUUGUUCAUUUGUCCCUUUGUGCAUUUUUCCUCCAAAGCUGAAGUGUCUCUUUUUAAAGCUGAACUUGGUUUUCUAAACGUUAUUGGCACCUUUAUCACAUUGUCUCACUGUGACUGUGAGGGCCGCUUUUAUUUGGUCCUAACUUCUGAGGACUCAAAACAGUGAGAGAGCUACCAGGAUUAGGAUACCAGGAUUGCUGCAAAAUAAUUUUAAAUAAAAAUGUCCAAAUUAACCCCAACAGGAGGCAGCACACCUGUCACUCAGUCUUAAAAAAACCUUUGUUUUGGUGCAGAAUUUCUUAUUGUUGGAUCUGUGCAGAAUUUCCUCUCUAUAUGUUUUUUUUUGACAGGUAAAAAAGAGCCUGGUCAGUCAAUAAAUAAACAUUUGAUGACCUGAA